AACUGAAAUACAGGAUUUGGCGUAUACAUACAUCUUAAUAUACCCAGUAAUCAAAUCAAUCGCUCUUCGCGGCUACUGAAAUCGGCGGCGACAAAUUGUUAAUUAGCUCUGAAUCGAAAUCAGUUGCUCAUCUCUAUCAACUAAGCUUACUCAAAACAUAUAGGUAACCCCCUUUCUAAACCCUAGUUUACACAAAUUUUCUCUUCGAUAUCUAGAAUUUCGAUUUUUCAUUUGUUAUCGCAAUUUUAAUUCAUGGAUAACUCCCCGGAAGCCUCUGAUUUACUCUCCAAACUCGAAUCAUCUCCCGAUUUUCGAAACUUCUACACUCUCAUUUCCUCCUAUCUCCUCCCAUUUACCUCAACCCUAACCACCAGCAAACCCUCAAAAUCAUCGAAACGCGUAGUUGAUAAUACUCGAGCUCUCGCGAAGCAGUUUCUCCCCUUCCUUAACCGAUGCCUUUCUUUAAUCCCCAAGCGCCUUCUCUCCCAAUGCCCCAAGCUCGAUUCUAGUUCGGCGCUCCAGCUCUUCGAUAGUUAUGUUGUUUGUCUUAAUUGUAUGGACUCCGUGUCCAGUCAGUUGUCAGGGAAGGCGUAUGCUGUGCAUUUGCAGAGAGUUAGGUUGGUGCAUUGUUAUUUGUUUUGGGAGAGGUAUGGGGAUGCCAGCAGGGAAGGACUUUCGUUGUUGCAGUCGGUUUGUAGACUUGGAGGUGAUGGUAAUAGGAAUGAGUAUGUUCCCGAUAUGACGAGGGAGAAUGAGAAGGAUCAUGAUUUUGCGUGGUUGGUUGUGGAGAUUGUUGUGUCGCUGGUUAAAUGUGUGGCGAUGGAUCAAAGUAAAGUCGAAAGUGAUUAUCGGAGACUGCUCGUCAUGAUCAGUGAAGUUACACCUUGGUUUAGAAUUCUUGACGCAAAUGCAUAUGAGAAACUGCAUAGGGUGCACGUGUCCUACAUGAGUAAAUGUGCUUUGAUUUUGGUUGAUGACCUAAACGAUUUUGAUGAUAAAGUGGCUCGCCGAUUUUGCUUGGCAACAUUUGCUGAGCUUGCAAAGUCAUCAUCAAAGGAUCAACUUUUCAAGUUUGCACACAGGUUAUGCUACUCCCUGUUUUCGAAGGAAAAAAACCCAUCCUCCGUAGUUGACAUUUUAGCAUGUGUACUGGAUUCUGUGGCCAAUGCAGGCGAGGUUGGGACCCAGACUAGUACGGAACUCCUAGAACUCGUCAGUUACUGUGCUACCAAAUCUCUUUAUGCCAGUUCAGAUAUGAGUUUUUCUGUGGCAGAGCAAUUACAGAAAUUUGCUGAUGAUAUAUGUUUGGUUUCUCCAUCACCAACCCCGUUGCUGACAAGUCUAUAUGCCACAGGGUUGUUUUUCAGUGAUUUUUGUGGUCAAACAAUGGCGAAGGGAUCAACUAGUAGUAGAACGGACAAAGAUUCAUCAAUAUAUGGAUUUUUGCUUUAUUAUGAACAUAGGCUUCAGGAACUAACUGGUUACCUUCAAUCACUGAAGCAUUACUACAACUCUACUAAAAGGAUCAGCUUGCAUGAAGAUCCAGAUUUGGUAUCUUACUUCAAUGCACUGAAGUUCUUGUGCAAGCCUCUUGCUGAAUUUGUUAAUUCUGAAAGGGGAACUAUAGUUACAGAAAUAGUAGAUGCCACAUCUGCUGCAAAGCUGAAGUAUAUUCAAGAUGCACUACAUCAAUAUCUCGAAAUUUUUAUUCUUUAUCAGAGGGGCUCAGAGAAGAAAAGAGAAGCAAAUGAUGGUAACAAUAAAACAACUCUUUGUGUAGCUGUGGCUGCUUUCAUCCUCUCAGUCAAGAGAAAUCAAGGAAUCAAGGAGAGCACGACUUUUAUCAAGAAUUCCAUUUCAUCCGACUGGAUCCAGUUUCAUGGGCUGAAGUUUCUUUUUUCUUCUCUGUACAAUUUCGGUGUUGUUCUCUACAAAAAUAAUAAUACAAAAGAGGCUUCAUUAUCAUUGAAGUUAUGUUGUAGAGCUUCAUGGACAUGCCUUCUAAACAAUUGCAAGCUGUUUGAAGACAAAUCAAUCGAGUUUUCUGAUGAAAUGUCAGAGGAUUCAAUUAUAGGCCUUCUUGCUGAGGCAUGCACCAGGAGUGCAUUUGUUUUAGAUGUACUUUAUCAAUGUGACUGUAAUAAAAUGAAUAAGCUCAUUACUUAUAGUCUGGAAAAAUGGGCUGCUGCUGAAAAGCUUUUUGACCGACUGCCCAGUCCUACAGCUUUGCUAAAGCAGUGGGUGAAGAUACAAUGCAAAAUUUCUAAAACUGAUGAUGUAGAGAACAAUGGCAAAACAUUAUAUUCUGUGCUGUCAUCCUCUGUUAAAAUGUCAAAAAGAGCACCUGGUAUCUUACUUGAGCAGGAACUUCUUUUGUAUGAAGAAAUGAGGCCAUUGAACCCAACAUUUUGCCGAAGAAUGCGGAUGAAAAUUGUUGACAUCCUUCUAAAAGAGGUUUAUGUUACAAAGACAAUACAGAGAUCCCGAGUUCUCAUUGCAAAAGGAAGGGAGUUGAGAGCAUGUGGAGUUGAAAGACUUGAUGACUGUAUAGAAUGUUUGUCGGAAUCUAUAUCUAUGAUGCAGAGUGAAACAAAUCGUAGCAUUCAUUGCGACUCUAUACACUCCUACUACUUGGCCAAUGCUUAUUGCUUACGUGCAUUGUGUACUCAAGAGGCUGAACCUGACAGAAAGGUGUUAUCGCAAAAAAGAAUUUUUCAAGACAUGGAUGCUGCUAUCAAGCUGUGGAUGAGCAUAGAUCUUCCUUGUCUGUCUGGGCAGAUAGAUAUGGUUUUUGAAAACAUUUUGUUCCUGUUGUACCAUGUAGUUGAUUUGUUAUCACUUAAGGGCUACAUGAAAUUUCAUGCCAAUAUAUAUGAGAUAAUAAUUAGAUUAUUUGAAUGGAGGAAUGUACCUGUAAAAAAGCUUUUAGCUAUACUAUGGGAAUGCAGAAGACUAGGCCAUGCUCUUUGUGCUUCACCUGUAAAUGAAACAUUUAUUACAACCUUGUCAAACCAUUGUGAUGCAUCAAAUACCAUGGAAUACUGGCUGAGUUGUCUAACGGAAUCACCAUUGUUGGAAGUUGGUUUUAAGCAAAACUUCUCGUAUAUGUUUACUGAUUUCUCACUGGUUGCACACCACCAUGUAAGUUCUCAAGCAGAAAUCACCAUUGAUGGAGUUGAGCAGGCUGUGUCUAAUCUCCUUUCAAGUGUUCCUCUUUCUAGUGGUUCAGCUUCUAUUGCUGCACAUAUGUACUAUGAUUUGGGGGAGAGAUUGAUAUCUAAUGGGCAAUUCAUUGAGGCUCUUUCAUAUGCCAAAGAAGCAUACCAGAUACGCACUAAACUUUUUCAAGAAAAAUUUAUGUACAAAAUAGAUCAGCAAAGUGAAGUCUGCAAUGGAACUGGAGAAGUGCUACAAAAGCAGUGUUACAGUCUCAAGACUUUAGACAUAUUUUCUUCUGUGGCUACAGCAGCUUGGUCUUCGGAAUGUGUUACACGUGAUUUUGACAGCCAUGUUGUUACUCCAUGGAAUGUACUGCAACGUUAUCUUGAAAGCAUUUUACAGGUUGGAUCCAUUCAUGAAAUUGUCGGAAAUGGAUCAGAUGCGAAAAGGCUUUUAUUGUGGGGGAAGAACAUAUCCUGUUUUCAGGAUUUGCCACUAUUUACUAUAUCAUUCUCUUCUGUUCUAGGUAAACUAUAUUGCAAGGAACAGCUGUGGGAGUUCGCUGAAUUGGAACUACAGAAGGCCCGACACUUGCUGGAUAAAUUAGAUAGCUGGAGCCCCUUUUAUUGCUGCAAGUGUAAAUUAGUUCUGGAAGUUACAAUCGACCAGCAACUUGGAGAUUUGUCUAGAGGUCGAUGUGAUGAUUCUAAUAUUGGUGAAUUAUCUGUUGAUAGGUUAUUAUAUGCUGAGAAAAGGUAUAGAAUUGCACUUGAGACGCUGAGAUUUUCAGAAUGGAAGAAUUCUGUUAGUAACCCUGAGGAAACAGCAGUUAGUGGAACUGGAACGAGCUUUUCACUACAGUCUAAUUACUUGGAAACAAAGAUAUCCUUCGAGUGCUGUAAUAGGGAGGAAACUAAAGUUGAUCAAGAAAUUUCUAGAAAGUCGAGAAAAGUUGCUAAGAUUUUACCGAAGGGUCAAUGUUUGACGCGACAACAAAACCGUAUGAUGACUAGGUCUUGUAGAAAGAAUAUUGAAUGUGAUCAAGAGGAGAAAUCAAAAAACAAGAGCAAAUUUCCUUCCUCGGAUGCUGUUCACAAAAACACAAAAAUUGUGAAUUUGGGAAGCAGGGCCUCUAAAGAAAUCAAGUGUUGGUACUGUCUGCCACAUGAUGUUAGUGAAUCUGGUUAUCUUAUUGAUUAUAUACACAUGAAAUGGGAGUUGGUUCGCAGGCGGCUUUUGUUAAGAGUGCUCACCAGCAUAGGAAAAUGCUCGGUAAUUCAGAAUGAAAGACAGAAAGGAGAUGAAAUUUUCUCUGAAAGCAUCUCCGUACUUGUCGCUCGGAAUCAAUUUUCUCCAACUUACCAGUCUGUUCCUUUUAGUUUAAAGCUUGAUUUGAUUGGAUCUGAUAUUCCUGGAGAUGCACUGGCAGUCGAACGUGCAACAAUUCUUUACAACCUUUGCUGGUUCAUCCUGAAAUAUAAUCAUUGCAAGGGUACAAGUGUUGGUUCUGAUUUUUCCGGAAUUACAAUAUCAAGAAUAAUGGCUUGGCUGAAGCUGGCAUUUCUAAUCUGCCGCGAGGUUCCUGUACUUUUUCGGAAGGUUUCCAGGUUGCUUGCUGUUCUGUAUAUAUGUUCCUCAGUCAAAAUUUUGUCUCUGCCUUCAUCUCAUUCCGACACUAUCACUGCCAGUCAGUGGGGUUCAUAUUUUCAUCAAGCUUCUCUCGGCACACACUUUAAUCAGCAGUUGUUUUCACAUAAGGCUGGGAAGCAGAAAGGCGAAAGUUUUUCAAAAACUAAGGGAUGCCUUUCUACCUCAAGUUCACUUGGUCAAGAAACAGCCAACUCAGUCAGGCGUACGCCAGAUAUACUACUGAGAGAAUUUGUAUCAAAUUUCUAUCAGAGCCUUCCUCCUGCUACGAUCAUCUGUAUUAGCUUGCUUGGAGUUGCUUAUGCCAGUUUGCUUAGAGAAUUAUCUUCUUCUCCUGCAUCUGUUCGAGCAUGGAUACUGUUUUCACGUCUGAAAUCAGACGGUCAACCUGUUUUUCUUCUUCUACCAGCAGAUUCGAUUUUAGGAGAAGCUUCAGGUGAUGAAACCACCAGCCUGGGGUUCCUCCAUGAAAGCCAGAGUAGUGUUAAAAGAUGGCAUUGUCCUUGGGGCUCCACUGUGGUUGAUGAUGUAGCUCCAGUAUUCAAAUUGAUACUAGAACAGAAUUACUUGUCAUCGUCAGCAUACCCCCUAGAAGAUACAAAGAUGACAAGGUCAUUGUGGUGGACACAAAGAAGAAAGCUAGACCAAUACCUUGGACACUUUCUUAGGGAUAUAGAAGAAAAAUGGUUUGGACCAUGGAAAUUCUUGUUUUGUAGUGACUGGUCAGACUGCAAGCACCUAGAUCUAGCAAUCAAUAAGCUGGCAGAUGAUCUUAAAGUGAAAUGUGAUGUUAAUCUACAUGAGAGUCUUCUGAGAGUUAUCUUGGCAGGUGGGCAACAUGCCUGUGAUAGCUCAAGAUGUGUUCCAAACUUAAUUUUGAAUAAUGGAUGCCAUGUUGACGGUGUGGAAUGUAAUAUUGAUGAAAUGUCCAUGGUGUUCAAGCUUAUUCUUGAAACAAUCCAUGAGUUUGAGGAGGACCUUUGUGUAAAUAGAGAACCGAUCAUCUUAGUGCUGGAUCAUGAGAUUCAGAUGCUUCCUUGGGAGAGUUUGCCGAUAUUAAGAAAUCAGGAGGUUUACCGCAUGCCUUCUAUUUGCAGCAUUUUUGCAUCCCUUGAUCGACAUGAUCAUAAAAAGCUCGGAACGGGUUCCAUGGUCUUUCCAUCGAUAGAUCCCCUAGAUGCCUAUUAUUUGUUAAAUCCCAGUGGAGACCUUAUUAGCACUGAAGUUGAAUUCGAUAAGUGGUUUAAAGAUCAGAAUUUGGAGGGGAAAACUGGAAUGACACCAACAAUCGAAGAACUGACCGGUGCCUUGGAGAGCCAUGAACUUUUUAUCUACUUUGGUCAUGGAAGUGGGGCGCAAUAUAUUCCCAAUCACGAAAUUCAGAAGCUUAGAACGUGUGCUGCUACUCUCCUGAUGGGAUGCAGUAGUGGAUCUUUAUCUUUGAGUGGAUCUUACAGCCCACAAGGAGCUCCACUGUGCUACCUUAUAGCCGGAUCUCCUGUAAUUGUUGCUAAUUUAUGGGAGGUAACUGACAAAGAUAUUGAUCGAUUUGGUAAGGCCAUGCUUGAUGCUUGGUUAAGAGAGAGAUCAAUGGAUCAAGCAAGUUGUGCUCAAUGUGAUGCUAUUACAGACGAACUAAAAUCUCUGAGCAUAAGUGCAGCUAAAGGAAAGGGGAAGAAAAAGACUUCACGAAAAAUUUUAUCUGCUAUUUGUGAUGUUAGUAAAUGUAAUACUUGUAGACACAGACCAAAGAUUGGAACUUUUACGAGUCAAGCUCGAGAAGCAUGCACUUUGCCAUUUUUGAUUGGAGCAUCACCAGUGUGUUAUGGUGUUCCAACAGGCAUAAAAAAGAAAGUAAUCUUAUAGCAUUCACAUGUGUGACUUCUUUACACAACCAAUCUCCGCCUACUGGUCUAACAUAACAAUUGUAUACGAACUUCAAUUAUAUAGAGCAGUCAUCUGCACUGUAUCAUUGCAUGUCUCCCUCUCUUGUUUUUUUUUUUGAGGGGAAGGAAGAGCAGUGCAUAUUUUAACCCCUUCACAUCUAUUUGUUUUUGCUGUAAAGUUGUUUUACGUACCGUGAUUGUACUAUACAUUCUGCCCUAAAAACAAUUGGGUUUUGUAUCAUUGUAAAGAAUUAUAGAAUGUUGUUGGGAAAGCAAACAAAUUUGAGA